GCUGUCGCACGAGAGCCCGUCUUGUGAUUGGCCGCUUCUUGUUCCGUUGUUGGGAUGUAAACUCCCUGACGUUUCUCGGUCUGCUCUGAGACAGACUGGGGAGAAUGGCUGCCAGUGGAGAGGUAGGCAAGCUGUUACAAGUACAAAAUGGGACACCUCCAGCCACCAACUACAACGGGGUAGAUGCUGUCCACGCCUGCAACGUCCUUCAGCAGCUCAAAGCUUUGUACGAUGAAGCACAACUCACAGAUAUUGUCGUAGAAGUGGACCACGGCAAGACUUUCGCGUGCCACCGGAAUGUUCUUGCAGCCAUCAGCCCAUACUUUAGGUCCAUGUUCACCAGCGGCCUUACAGAGAGCAGCCAGCGUGAAGUCAGAAUUGUGGGCGUGGAAUCUGAAUCCAUGCACCUUGUCCUUGACUAUGCCUACACCUCCAGAGUCGUGCUCUCAGAGUCCAACGUCCAGGCUCUGUUCACGGCAGCCAGCAUUUUCCAGAUCCCUGCUCUGCAGGAUCAGUGUGCCCAGUUUAUGAUCAGCCGACUUGACCCUCAAAACUGUAUAGGCGUCUUCAUGUUCGCAGAUGCAUAUGGACAUCAGGAGUUGAGGGAACGCUCGCAGGACUACAUCCGCAAGAAGUUCCUGUGUGUUUCAAAGGAGCAAGAAUUUCUCCAGAUGACCAAGGAGCAGCUGGUCAGUAUUCUUAACAGCGAUGACUUAAAUGUGGAGAAGGAAGAGCACGUCUACGAGAGCAUCAUCCGCUGGCUUGAGCACGACCAACCCGGCCGCGAAGCCAACCUCGUCGAGGUGUUUUCCCAGUGCAUCCGUCUGCCCUUGCUGGAUGAGGCCUUUCUCAGUCGGAUACCCGCGCCUUUCGCCUGCGCCCUGUUGCUCUCUAAAGACCCCGCCGAGGCAAAAGCUCGUCUCACUGGCACAAACGGCUGUCCACAGCGUCUGGGCAUGACCGCCUCAGAGAUGGUGAUCUGCUUUGACGCAGCCCAUAAACACUCAGGAAAGAAGCAGACGGUGCCUUGCCUGGACACGGCCACCGGACGAGUGUUCAAGCUCUGCAAGCCACCCAACGAUCUCAGAGAGGUCGGCAUCUUGGUGUCGCCAGAGAACGACAUCUACAUUGCCGGCGGCUACCGACCGAGCAACAGCGAGGUUUGCAUCGACCAUCGAGCGGAGAGUGACUUCUGGCAGUAUGAGCAUGCAGGAAACCGAUGGCUUCCACGUGCUCCUCUGCUGAGGGCGAGGAUAGGAUGCAGACUCGUGCACUGUUGCGGGAAACUUUAUGCUCUAGGAGGCCGAGUUUACGAAGGGGACGGAAGGAACGCGUUAAAGUCAGUGGAGUGUUACGAUGCCAGAGACAACUGUUGGACUGCAGUCAGUCCAAUGCCAGUUGCCAUGGAGUUUCACAGUGCGGUGGAAUAUAAAGACCGGAUCUAUGUCCUCCAAGGUGAAUGUUUCUUCUGCUAUGACCCCCGUAAGGACUAUUGGAGCCAUCUAGCCCCAAUGAGCGUCCCUCGGAGUCAAGGUCUGGCUGCCUUGUAUAAGAACUGCACCUACUACAUUGCUGGAAUUUGCAGGAACCACCAGCGCACCUUUACAGUGGAGGUCUAUGACAUGGAGAGCAACACAUGGAGUCAAAAGAGAGAUCUGCCCUUUGACCAAGCCACAAGCCCAUACAUCAAGGCCAUGCUGCUGCAGGGAAAGUUGCACCUGUUCGUACGUGCCACGCAGGUCAUGGUGGAGGAGCAUGUGUUUCGCACCAGCCGCAAGAACUCCCUUUACCAGUACGACGACGAGGCAGACACGUGGACCAAAGUCUAUGAAACCCCUGACCGUCUUUGGGAUUUAGGUCGCCAUUUUGAAUGUGUGGUGGCCAAACUUUACCCACAGUGUCUACAGAAAGUGCUUUGAGCUAAACAACGAACCGGAUCUUAUCAGGCAGGCAGGGGAAGUGGCGUCGGUCCUGCCUGCCUUGUGCCUGGUGUUACCUUGGGUUUUACACCAUGCGGACUGAUUUUCUUUUUUUUUUUUUUUUUUCCUGUUGUCUUAAGUUGUUCACACUUUGGUUUAACAUGAUCAAAAUGGGGGUGCUUUAAAGAUUGCAGUAUUUUUAUUUUUUUUUUCUAGACUGCACCAACUACACACACUGAAGCAUGUUUAACAAAACCCUACAACAAAUCAUAAGUGCAAUUAUCCUAUUUUUGCUUGUUGUUGAGCCAUGUUUGUCUGUUUUGUUUGAAAUUAAAAGUUAUUGAUUAUUAUUUUUUUAAUGUUUGGCAUGCUAAUGAGGGCCGUUUGGAGAUAAGGAUGCUAUGCGUCACCGUAAAGUGAAAAUCUAUAUAUAUAAAUAACUAUAAACUCUAAAUUAAUACGGGUAAGGCGAGUACCAUAGCUCAUUACUAGGUUGCUAACUCGGAGGCUUGUUUGUAUUUUUUUUAUUCUCCUAGCGUUUUAAAAUGCAGAAGCAUGUUUGAUAGUGUUAGGCAUGGGCUGGUACGAUAAUUAUAAAUUUAAGACAAAUGACUAAGAUGAUUUAACUAUUUAAAAUGGAUAAAACUUCCUACUACUUCAAAAAUAUAUAAAAUUCACUAUUACCAUUUUUAUACCAUGUUAGUCGGGUAUAGAUGCAUUAAAAAAUUUAAGUGCCCAUUAUAUUUAGCAGUAGUUCACAACUUGUUUUGUGCAAAUAUUAAACAUUUUUGUCAUUCAGCUUUUCAUCAAAUGGCACGGGUAUAUCAAGCUGAUAUUAGCUGGUUAGUCGGUAUUUGCUCUGGAAAGUUUUAAAACACACUUUUAAUGUCAGUUUUCUAUCAAAGUCAACAGCCCCCAAUGUUUAAGCUAAAACAAUCCCAAGACUGGAAUUCGGUAAUUCUUACCUUGGUGCAUUUCUGUGCAACACACCAAUGUGUGUUAAAGGCGCCAGUUGAUGUGCAUUUUGUGUUGAAGUGCACUAAGACGUUCCCCUUCAGAAUGCUGGGUGGUGGUCCUUUUAUUUCACACCAGGGAAAAUCUCAAAUGGAUCAACUUGUCUUUUGGUUAAGCAGUAGGGAAAAUUAGAAUCCUUGUUCCAACCAGCUGAAUGGUGGUGCAGAGCAACAGGUGGGAGAAGAGUCUAUGCUACAUCUGUAUGAAACUGGAAGAUGUCAGACAUCUUGUUGAAAAGGACGUCCACCUGUAUGAGAAAUAUUUCAUAAAACUUUUCAGAUCCUUGAAUCCUUAGUAGUUCAAAGCCUUGGCGUUCAAAUAACCGGCCCAUGCCUAGAUUGAUUUACGACCCCAUCUUCACAAGCAACAGCAUAUAAAACCACAUUGUAUGGAACUAGAUCUCUUGUUUCUUUUGGAUACCGAUCGAAUGCGGCUCACACUUCCCACUUUUUUUUUUUGAGUUGGCAUCCGUUGUGUGUCAUAUGCAAAUAUAUUUUAACUUAAGUGAAGUCUUGGAGUAUUCACUCUCCACAUUGGAGAUAUAUGGACAGAGUCAAAUCUUUGUGCUAACACUAAGCGGCAAGUUCCGACCAACUAACAGGUUUACCUCAGAUUCAUCGGACGUGGAGAAAAGGGACAUCUUCACCCCGUUUUUUCUUGACAGAACAGCCGUGUAAAAAGCUCUGCUUGGCAUUCGGAUGUUCGAUUGGCUUUCGGCCUUACGUAAUUUUCUAGAAGAUUGACGGGGGGGAAGCAAAAGCAUUUGAGGUCUUGUUAUAGUCGUUGUGGACAUUGAAACUAAUUUUGUGGUAGCAAUAAAUCAAGGAACUGUGAUUAGGCUUUAUUAUCUUGUAUUACCUUAGUGCAUUAAUGUUUUUGUUUGCUUGUCUAUGCUUGUGGGGGGAGGGGGAGAGAUUUGUUAGUACCAGUAAUUGUUUGGCGGUUGCAUGGGUGCAGACUUGGACUGAUGUGUAAUUUGGUGCAGAUUAUGUGUGAUGCCAAUGUGCCUGUGGCUAAAAAAAAAAAAAAA